GCAAGUGAAGUGCAUUCUGGGACCGACGACGAGAACCUUUCCUUCCUCCUUUCUCUUCUGAGGGCCUCGGCUGAUCUCGCAUUGCACUUUUCCGCUGUCGCGAGAAACGUGUCACCGCGUCGUGUUCUUUCACGGUCUUCUGCUUGCCUCAACCAGGAGCACGAGAAGGGGAACCCCCCCUUUUCUUUCUUUUCGCGUUUGCCGUCGCUGCGCCCGCUAAGCAGUAUCCGCCGCCACUGCCGCCAUGCCGAAGAAUAAAGGUAAGGGAGGUAAAAACAGAAGACGAGGCAAGAAUGAGAAUGAAUCAGAAAAAAGAGAACUGGUGUUCAAAGAAGAUGGACAAGAGUAUGCCCAGGUUAUCAAGAUGUUGGGAAAUGGCAGACUGGAGGCAUUAUGUUUUGAUGGGGUAAAGAGGUUAUGUCAUAUCAGAGGAAAGUUAAGAAAAAAGGUUUGGAUAAAUACAUCAGAUAUCAUAUUGGUGGGUUUAAGAGACUACCAGGAUAACAAGGCUGAUGUCAUUCUAAAGUACAAUGCAGAUGAAGCCAGAAGUCUGAAAGCAUAUGGAGAACUCCCUGAGCAUGCCAAAAUUAAUGAAACUGAUACAUUUGGGCCUGGUGAUGAUGACGAAAUCCAAUUUGAUGAUAUUGGAGAUGAUGAUGAAGAUAUUGAUGAUAUCUAAAUGGAACCGAGGAAUACAUUCCAACUUUCCACCUCAAGAAUUAUUUUGUUUUCAAGUCUGUAUCUUUAAGAAGACUGAAACUGCAUAACAUUUGUAGUUACAACAAACCAAUAUGUUGCCCAGUGUUUAAGUAUUUAUGUUUCUUUAAAAAAAAAGAUAAUGUUGGACUCUCAAAAGUUAAAUAUUACAACUAUUUUUGUCUCUUUACCAAUUAGAUGUUUACAUCUGUAAAUACACGUCCUUAAACUCCCAUGUUUCCUUCAUCUUUUUUCAUCACUAAACCUGUUUUGAGCUAAUAAAAAAGCUUGCCCUAUAAUUAUCAUGAAUUUUGAUUAAAUGUUCAGGUGUCCAUUCUGCCAGUGCAGUGUCUCUUCCUAGUAUCCCUUGAAGUCAGCUUGUAAGAUUUUGAUAAUGGACAGGGAAGACAUAUUUAAAAUUCAUAAUACCUGAAUCUGCUUUUUAAGUUCUAGUUGCAUGUUAUUUUUAUACUGGUUUUGAUAUUCCCUCUCUUUCACAGUUAAAUUUGCCAUAGUGCAGGGGAGAGAAUAAUUUUUGAAAACUGUGUAUGCUCGAAUAGCUGCUAUUUGGCGGUGGUAAUAUGGAAGUUAAAACACUGGGUGGCACCAAAUUUAAGUUAUUCAUUAAGUUGAAUAACUUGCAAUGUUAUUUUGUAAUUAAAAUUUUUUUAAAGGUGGUUUUGACCCUUCAAAAAUAAAUGCUCAACAUUUGUUAUAUAUAUAUGGUUGGAUCCAGAGUUCCCAUGAACAGAACUCUAUUCACAGGAUGGCUUAUGCAGAUUCUGCCUUUCCUGUCAUCCCUGAAAUGCUGCUCCAGAGAGUUGGGGAAUCUUUUGAAACAGUAUAGGCAGUGGUGCUGCGGGCUGCAGGGGAAAGGGGAAGCUUCCACUGGAUCUCAGUCCCUAUGUGAAUGGAUCCAAUCCAUUUCAAAUACUUUUACACUACAAAAAAUCUUGGAUUGAAUCCAAUGAUGCAUAAGCGGAUUUCUGCAUACUCAGUACGACUUCCCUCUCCUCUCCUCCCCUGCAUGUCGCCCACAACUGCUCUGGAGAGUCCCCCAAUGUUCUGGAGCAGAUUGAGGAUGCACAGGGAUUGCUGUAGGUGUCAGGAGAGUUACUGGAAGUUCAAUUGCCCAUGCCAAAGUCUGUUGUGCAAACAGAACUGCAGUGUUGGAUACAACCUAUUAUUUUUAAAGAACAAAGGUUUUAAUUUUAAAUUCCAUCAGUUAUGAGGUACAAGUGAAUAAAGAUUUUUAUACUCUGAAUUAGCAUAUAUAAAUGAGAUGAAUGUCAAGUUCUGAACAUUUCUACCUGAAAUUAACUAGCUGGAGAAACAAAUUAAAUGAGCAUUUUCAGUUUGAGUGGGAGUGGUGCACCUAAAAAAGUUUAAUAA